GUAGCUCAUCCAGACCCUUAUAUUUGUCCUAAUUGGCAAUUCUAUCACCCCGGAAAAACACUGGUGGCAUCCUCUCGAUCUCUCUGGCAUUGGCAGCGGCGCAGCGGGGUUUCUGAUUUCUGCAUUGUUCGUUAACUGAAAAAAUGGUUCUUCAAAAUGAUAUCGAUUUGCUUAACCCUCCAGCUGAAUUGGAGAAGAGGAAGCACAAGCUCAAGCGUCUCGUGCAGUCUCCUAACUCAUUCUUCAUGGAUGUGAAGUGCCAGGGAUGCUUCAAUAUAACUACUGUGUUCAGUCAUUCCCAAACUGUGGUGGUGUGUGGCAAUUGCCAGACCGUCUUGUGCCAGCCAACCGGUGGACGUGCAAGGCUUACAGAGGGUUGCUCCUUCAGGAGAAAGGGUACCUGUUAUUUUACCUCUUCAAAAUCAAUGCUGGUUUUGGAAAUGGGAUUGGUGCAUCUAGGUAAAUACUCAUGUUUUAUCUGUUUAUAAUCUUCGUUGUAAGGUCUGGUCGCCCUGUCCAUGGGAAUUAGUCGAGUCUUAAAGGAGCGGUUGUUAAUUUAGCCAGGAUAAUAAGUAAAUGUUUUGGAGAAAAGUCAGCGUACUGUCUUUGUUAGUGAAAAAAUUUUCCAUGGAUCUCAGUAUGAUAAGGCAUAAUUUCACCUUGCUGUGUCUAUAUAUUUCUUCAUCCUCUGGUC